AUGACUGGGUCGUCAUAUAGUGAAUUACCAGCAUACAUCGACAGGAAACGGGGCACCAUCAACCCACAAAACAAUGACCAGCAAUGUUUCAAGUGGGCGAUUCUUGCGAGGCAUGUGGCCGAUAAUUUAUCGGAUAAAUAUAAAUAUUGUGUCGGUAAAAACUAUACACAACACGAAGCAAAAUAUAAUUUUGAUGAUAUUUCGUUUCCAACACCACUAUCGGAUAUUUCUAAAUUUGAAAAAAAUAAUCCGAACGUCACUGUGAAUGUGUAUGGGUUGGACAAAAAGUUCCAGCCACCGCGUAAAUAUCCGACGUACGAGGUGUACCCGCUACGUGUCGUUGAUGAGGAGAAAACCAACCACUUUGAUCUGUUGUUGGUGACGGACGGCGACAACUCUCACUACGUGUAUAUAUCGAAUUUUUCCAGGCUGGUCCGCGCUCAGAAAACCAGACACACUGGGAGUGUCGUGUUCUGUAAGAGAUGUUUUACGAGUUUCGACGACAGACGUCAUAAAUUCAAGUUGAGUGGGCAGGAGGCCCUGGACCAACACAAAUUGAUUUGCGGCGCGCACAAACCAAUUUUACCAGAGAUGCCUAAGGAGGGUGAUUGUGCUGAGUUCAAGGCGUGGAAAAACACGGUUAGGCACCCGUUUGUCAUUUACGCGGAUUUUGAGGCGAUCUUGACGAAGACGGAGGAGGCAAGAGGGGGUAGUACCACGAUUACUCAGAAACACGAAGCUAUGAGUUAUGGGUUUUUGGUGAAAGCGAGCGAUGACGUACCGGCAGAGUUAUUGCUUCAACACCAGAUACCGGCGGGGCCGGUAAUCUACAGAGGCAGCGAAGACAGGACGGACGUAGCGAGACAUUUUGUGGAGGCGAUAGUUGAGGUGGCUCAGAAAAUUGAAAAUCUCAUGAAGACGAAUAUUCCGUUAAAAAUGGCUGAGGGUGAAGAAAAAACACAUCAAGAGUGUAUUAAGUGUAAUUUAUGCAAAUGUAUAUUAGUCGGGGGCGAUAAGGUUAGGGAUCAUGAUCAUUUGACAGGCAAAUUUAGGCAGACCUUGUGCUCUAGGUGUAACUUAGAGUUGCAACAGCCUAAAUUUGUACCUGUCUUUUUUCAUAAUCUCACAAACUACGACUCGCACUUCAUAAUCACUGAACUUGGGUAUGAUACUAAGACUAUCAACGUUAUACCGAACAGUGAAGAGAAAUAUAUAUCUUUUUCGAAAUAUAUAAGUAGUACCUUCACUGUUCGGUUUAUCGACACGUUUCGGUUUAUGGCGUCGAGUCUGUCGUCCCUGGCUGAAAAUUUGCUUACACCCGAACAUGAGAAAUUCCGUGAGACAGCCAAACAUUUUGUCACCGGAGAUAUGCCGCUCGUGACUCGUAAGGGGGUGUACCCGUACGAGUACACGGAUAGUUGGGAGCGGCUAGAGGAUACUAGGUUACCGAGUAAGAGGAGCUUUUACAGUACGUUAACAGAGACCGGGAUUAAGGAGAGCGAAUUUGACCAUGCUAAGGAGGUAUGGAGUCAUUUUAACUGUAGGACGCUCGGUGAUUAUUCCGACCUGUACCUGAAAAUUGACGUGUUACUGCUGGCGGAUGUUUUUGAGAACUUCCGCGACUUGUGUAUGAAGACGUAUAACCUGGACGCCGCCCAUUAUUUCACCGCCCCAGGCUUAAGUUUCGAUGCGAUGCUUAAGUUCACGGGGCAAAAGCUCCAGUUAUUGCAUGAUUACGACAUGUUGUUGAUGUUUGAAAAUGGUAUACGUGGAGGAUUGGUGCAGGCGAGCAAGCGAUAUGCGACGGCGAACAAUGUAAAGACUCCGGGGUAUGACGAAACGAAGGAGAAAUCGUGGAUCAUAUAUCAGGACUGUAACAACUUGUACGGGUGGGCAAUGUCUCAGUACAUGCCGUACGGUGGGUUCAACUGGGUUGAACCUACAUUGAAUGGGUUGAACGAUUUAGACGACACUUCACCCAUAGGACGAGUGUAUGAGGUGGACGUGUCGUAUCCAAGACACUUGCAUAACGGACAUAACGACCUGCCUUUCCUGCCGCAAAACAGCGUGCCUCGAGGCUCGAAGGUUAGGAAGUUGAUGGCGACAUUUGAGAAAAAGGAGAAUUACAUCGUACAUUAUAGGAACCUACAGCAGGCCAUUAAGAAUGGUUUGAUAGUUGAAAAAGUACAUAGAGUGAUACAGUUUAACCAGUCAGAUUGGUUGGCUAAAUAUAUAGAUUUAAACACCGAAAUGAGGAAAAAGGCUAGGAACGCAUUUGAGAAAGACUUCUUUAAAUUGAUGAAUAACGCUGUAUUUGGAAAAACUAUGGAAUCGAAACGAAAACAGCUGAAAAUAGAGUUGGUAUCCUGUGAGAGGAGGUUACAGAAAUGUAUUAAUAAAACUACUUUUAAACACUGCACUAAUUACAAUGAAAACCUCAAUGCAGUAGCGUUGGAGAAUAAGAUAAUUAAAUUUGACAAACCUAUAUAUAUUGGAUUUUCAGUGCUGGAUAUCAGUAAGACGUUGAUGUAUGACUAUCACUACAAUGUUAUGCAGAAGCACUAUAGGGAUAAAAUUAAGCUAAUGUACACUGAUACAGAUUCGUUGAUAUACCAUAUUAAAACUACUGAUUUUUAUGAAGACUUGGCAGCUAAUCACAGCUUGUUGGAUCGAAUGGAUACAGCUAACCUACCCAGUGAUCAUCCAUGUUAUGUUGCAGUUAGAAAGAAGGAACCUGGGUACUUCUCAGAUGAAGUAGAUGCUGAUAUAAUCACCGAAUUUUGUGCAUUGAGGGCAAAGUCCUACGCUUUUAAUGUAUAUGCAGGAGAAGAGGAUGCGGUGAGAGAUAAGGACGACAAGGAUAAAGUUGGUGGUGAAAAAAUUAAAGCAAAGGGGAUAAGGCAGCAUGUGGUUAAGAACCACAUGACAUUGGAAGACCACAAGAAAUGUUUAUUUGGAGAAGCUGGCGUGGAGGCGUAUAAGGAUAACGUGUCAAUAAGGUCAUUCAAACAUCAACUCAUGACGAUUAAGACGAAAAAAUUAGCAUAUAACAGCUAUGAUGAUAAGAGGUUGGUGCUGCAAGAUAAAGUACACACACUGGCCCAUGGACAUUAUAGUAUAGAGUAA